AUGCCUCCAUCGGCCAGAACCCCCGACCGCGUGGCCAGCAUCAUGCUGUCGUGGCACUCACUUGAGCUUGUCUCAUGCACGACCCUGCAGACUCUGUGGGCAGGUUACGGCCACAUAUGUGCCAUCACUGUUCGAGCCACCACCGCCGAAGCAGCGGCCCAUCUCAACAAAUAUUGCGAGGUGGAAUCAACCGCCGCGAGAACCACUUAUCCCCUCAUCCUCAAGCUUAUCUCUCCGCCAAGGAAAAGCGCUGCCAAGGAGGACGAGGGCCAUUUGCGGAAAAUGCUGAGCUACGAGGUCGAGCAGCAGUUUUAUAGUCAAGUCGUCCCGCAGCUGGGCGACGACAUUGGCAUUGCCAAAUGCAUUGCCUCGACGCGGGACAUGCAUGGCCAAAAGGGAGAGGACGAACUCGCCGGACUUAUGGCUACCAUCAUGGUUGAUUUGCGUCAGCGGUUCCCAGUCGCUGGCGAGAAGAGAAGUGUCCUAGACCGCACGCAAGUGCAUGGGGCACUGGACUGGCUGGCGAGUUUCCAUGCCCGCUCAUGGGCUCUGCUACCAGACAGCUUCGACGAUUAUAUCUUGCCUCCUCUUGAAGAGUGCAAGCUAAGACAAACCUCGAAGAAGGAUGUUGGUAGUGGACUAUGGCUCAACGGAGGGUAUACAUAUCUUGCGACACGACGCAAAGAAUAUGCUUCUCUCGCUCGAGAUACCGAUUCUGAGUGGUCAGAGGCUAUGUGCAGCACUGUGGAGGGUUCGAAACUCUCUGUGGCUGAGAUGGUUGCAUUGUUCUUGACCCCAUGCGGAAGAUCGAUUGAGUCGUACAUUCAUGGGGAUGUCAAAUCGGAGAAUCUCUUUACAACCGUCAAGGGAGACGAAGUGGCCUUCUUUGAUUUCCAGUAUGUCGGUCUGGGUUUGGGAGUCUGUGACCUUGCCAAACUGUUUACGUGCUCGGUUCCUCUCUACAUGCUAGUUGAUGAUGCUCACGAGAUUUUACCCGAGCGGUUGACGAUGUGUGAUGGUGAGAGACAGCUUCUGGAGCGGUACCGGACAAAGCUUGUCGAGGGCAAAGACUCAGACUUUUACGAGUGGGGAACCUUUAGACGACACUGGGAGACGGCCUUGGUUGACUGGUGUAGAUUCCAGGCCUCGUGGGGCUUUUGGGGGAAUACGGAAUGGCUAGAGGCCCGUGUAAGGUCAAUCUUGAGUGAUCAGGAGUGGAGGGACUGGCUCCAUCGGAGCAUCAGCAGUCGGGACCACUGA